GGCUGCGCAGUCCCGGCGCUGGCGGCGGAGCCCAGGCUGGGCAAGGCCAGGCCGGGCAUUUGGCACCGCCGCGCUAUGGAGACCCGCGCCAGUGGAGGGAAGGAACCGAAGCGGCGCGCGGAGGGUCUGGCUGUGUGAAAGAUUAUGCAGUUUCCUGCUUGAGGUGACCAAUUCUUCACUGUGAAUUGUAAAAGAAUGUGGAGAGGCCCAAGUCUCUGCUGUCUCUUGGCAGUAGCACAUCUGUAUUUCCUGGUGUUGGUUCCCAGUCAAGAAACAGAUUCUUUAAAUGAGCCUCAGAAUGUAACCUUCAUCACACAUGAUUUACAAAACGUUAUCUGUUCCUGGACACCAAGAAGGCUUGGACUCAGUUACAGGUUCUGUUACUAUGACAGACAAACCUCUUCUACGAAAUGUGUGCCCACUCAAGAGAACAGUGCGCAGAUGCCAUUGUAUUCUUUUGGGUCUACUUCUGUAGAGUUAAAGACCUUUGAUUCAUCUGUAAAGCUAAUAUCUGAAAAGACAUUUCGGAUACAUGACAAAGAUAUUCCAUAUGUUCCCUUCACUCCACAUAUCAAUACCUUGACUGCUAACAACUUGACCCACACAUUGAAUCUGGAGUGGGAUGAUGGCGGCUCAGCUGUUCCAAUUGACGUGGAUGUAACCUGGGAAAUUCAAGUUUUGCGUAAAGAUCCCAUGGAGAUUGUGGCACAGGAACUCUAUAAUUCAAAAUUGAUUGGUAAACAUACUACCAUCUUACACUGGAGCUGGACAUCAGACAUACCUUUAGGGUGCACCACUCAUUAUGUCCAGAUUCGCUGUUUCCAUCAUUUGGGGGAAUAUCCUGGGCCUAAAUCAUGGAGUGAAUGGAGUCUGCUUGCCAACUCGCCAGGGCAAGAUACGGGCUUUAAUUAUAGAAUAUUCACUAUGACUGAAGUGGCGCAAGUGGGCUCCAACCUGACAUUCUGCUGUGUGUUGAAGACAGGACAAGAGUUAGUCAACAUAGAGUAUGACUCCUAUCCAGUUCCCCAGCCCCGCAUCCGUCUCUCCAAUUAUAGUGUUAUGAUCCAAGCGCCAAAUGUACACAAGAGCAUCGUGGCUGGAGACAAUGCGUGGUGUCAGACUAAGAGCUAUGACAUCGUUGGAGUUACCGUCUUUGUAGGCUAUCCCCCUGAUGUUCCACAAGACCUAACCUGUGAAAUAUCAGAUUUUAAUCAAAUCACUUGUGAAUGGAAAGGAGGAAGAUCAACUAAUUUGUAUGGCCCGUUACGAAGAACCAACUAUACUUUAUUUGAAAGUACAUCUGGGGAAAGCGUUACCUACCAGUAUGCAGGAUAUCAAAAUGUUGAGCACUACCGCUGUAAUUUUCCAGUUCGUGACGGUCAGAGAAAAUAUCACUUUACUCUCCGUGGUAUUAAUCCCCUUGGUCAAUCAGAAGCCACUUUUUCUAUUGAUAUAAAUUAUAGAGUUCAUCUACAGGCUCCUACAGCUUUAACUGUAACUAACGAUACCUCAACUCACGUCACGCUAUCUUGGCAUCUGUCUGGUAAUUUGGAGCCAAUUAUGCUUCAGUGUCAAAUUCGAAUUAAUAGUAGUGGAACUACAGGUGAUUUGCGGAACGUGCAGCUGAAUGGUACCAAAGAUUUGGGUUACUCAGUCUCUGUAGACAAGUUACAUCCCUACACAAUGUAUAUUUUCCAAGUUCGCUGUGCAGCUGCUGAGCCCUUCUUCUGGAAGUGGAGCAAAUGGAAUGAGAGUGAAAACCACACAACUCUUGAAGCCCCUCCGGCAAGAGGACCAGAUGUUUGGCGGGACAGAAGUCCUGAUGGAGAAACUGUAAACAUCUUUUGGAAGCCACUUCCCAUUUCUGAAACAAACGGAUUGAUACGGAAUUACGAAGUGCAUUGGUCUGAGCCGGAGAAAGGCGCUGUCACUGAGAAGGUUCCUGCACACCGCAAUGGCACUACAAUAGAUCUUGGGGGAAAUGAUUAUGUAUUUUACGUCGUGGCAGAGAACAACGCUGGCUCCUCUCCUCCUUCUCUGAUAAAGAGUGCAGAGCUUCCCAUCGACAGUCCCACGACAGAAGAAGGUUUUGCGACAGGGGAUGGUAUUUCCAUUGCUUGGCACCCUGAUUCUGAAGUCACCUGUGGCUACACUGUGAGGUGGUGCAUUGCACCUGGGCCUGGACCCUGUGUUGUUGACUGGGAAACAUUUCCUUCCAACGUGACACAGGCGGUGAUCAAAUCUGAUGUUUUCCAGCCGGGCAUGAGAUACAACUUUUCUAUCUUUGGCUGCAAAGACAAUGGAUAUCAGCUAAUAAAAUACGUAAAUGGCUACACAAAAGAACUGAGUCCAAGAAUUUCACCCAAGGUGGUGGUGGAACGUACCACUUCAGAUUCCAUCUUGAUAACAUGGGAUAUACUUCCUGUCAGUGAGAGUUGUGGCUUCAUAAAAGGCUAUUUGCUUCAAUUUGCCAAAGGGGAGGAAGGCAAAAUAAUGCCCAAGGGGUUUGAAACAGGUCAUCCAGAGUUGUUUAACAUCACAGAGCCUAAGCAAACAAAACUCAAAAUAUCUAACCUUCAAGAUAAGACCAGCUACCACCUGAAUUUAAGUGCCUACACUGCUGGAGGAAUUGGACCUGGUCGCAACUUGUACGUGGUCACGAAGGAAAAUUCGGUGGGAUUAAUCAUCGCCAUCAUUAUCCCAGUGGCUAUUGUUGUGGUGCUUGCAUUGGUGACCAGCCUCCUUUGCUACCAGAAGAGGGAAUGGAUCAAAGAAACCUUCUAUCCUACCAUUCCAAACCCCGUGAACUGUAAAGCGUUGGAGUUCCAGAAGGGUCCAUGUGAGGGGAAGACUAAUCCUAAAACCUUGGAGAUGAAUCCAUGUACCCCCAACAACAUUGAAGUGAUCGAAACACAGUACCCGUGCCUCAAGAUAGAGGACACAGCAAUUACAUCACCCAUGGCGGAUGAUCUUCCAGAAGAUGGGUUUGACUCUGAAACAGAAAGCCAUAUUGUUGUCUCCUACUGUCCGCCAAUCAUAGAAGAGGAGAUUUCCAACCCACCAGGAGAAGAAACCAUGGGAUCUUCCCAAGUAAUUUAUAUUGACAUCCAGUCUGGGUAUCCUCCUCAAGUAAAAUUGAAGGAGGAGCCGGAAGCAGACUAUGUGGCUGCUGCAGGCUAUAAGCCCCAAAUGCAACUGCCUGUAAAUAACUUACUAAAAAUGGAGGAGCCAUCAUCUGUGGACGAGGACGUGGACAAGGCUGCGGGCUACAGACCUCAAGUGAAUCCAUCUGCGUGGAAUACAGCUUGCCCAGAUUCUCCUACAUCCAUUGAGAGCAACAAUGAAAAUGCCUCAUUCGGGAGCCCUUGUUCAAUCAAUUCUCGGCAGUUUUUGAUCCCCUCCAAAGAGGACGAAGACUCUCAGAAUGUCGUCACCAACACAGGGUGGUCCUUUGCAAACUUCUUUCACAACAAACCAAAUGAUUAGCACCAGGAUGGUAAACCUUGCCUUGAACUCUUCUGUAUGCUGGGACAUGUUUUAAGAAUAGCGCCCAGAGGUGCUGCACAGUGGAUUUAUAGUUUCAUUUCGGUGAAAUUGAAUGUUAGCCUUGUAUAAGCUGCAGGGUGGAGUGGCAAGAUUCACUGUUAUGGCUGGCUGAGCUGAUAAUUUGUAGUAGCUCAGUUAGGGAGAGGCGCUCCGUGGUAACCUUCUCCUGCAACCGAUGCCAAAGAGUGGCCGUAGUCCUGCAUCUGCUUCCAGGCAGUUUUUUUCAUGCUGUCAAAUAGGCACAACGUUCCUUUUUUGUGACUUUCUUUCUCGUUCCUUGUUCUGCAUUGACAGGAUAGGCAAAUUCUAUUUUCCCUUGGGGGACUGUGGAAAGGCAGCAUAUGAGUGUUUUCAAUAAAUAAAGGCAAACCCACUUUCCAGAAAUAUAGAAGGAAGAACUAAUUAGUCCUUAUAAGCUGAGCCUCUGGUCUCGACACAAUUACAUGGGUUGUAAAAGAAGCUGCGUUCAGGAUGGCCUCAUUUACCCAUUCAACUGUUGUCUAAUCAGAGGCAUUUUAAACAGUUCAGGAUUCUGGACAAUGUCCAACACUACAAUACUACAUUGAUGAUCAUUAGUCCGUGAACUGCUCUUUAGAGCACCUGGCACUUAAAAGCAGACUUUUGUUUUGUUUUGAAAUUUUUGUGUGGCUAAACCAGGUUUUGCCCUGAUCAGGUUUUGCCAAACCCUGCCCCUUAAACCCAGGUCUCAUCAUAUCUUGAAAGCUAAGCAGGAUUGGCCCUGGUUAGUACUUGGAUGGGAGACCGCCAAGGGAGUCCAAGAUUGCUGGGCAGAGGCAGGUGAAGGCAAACCACCUCUGUUGGUCUCUUGUUAUGGGAGGGUAUCCAAUGGUCACUCGACAGAACUUUCCAGCAUUUGAGCUGAAAAAUCCAGGCAGAUAGUUUGUCCACCACAACCUCCGCUUAGGAUGUCUGUGUUAAGUUUUUAAGAAGUCCUGGAUGCUUGUUUCUGUACCUGCUGUAUAAAUACAUAUGCAAAAAUUGACUCAGGGUGCAAAAACGAGUGUGACACUGAUUUUAAAAUCUCAAGUCAGGAAUAGAUUAACAUUUUAACUUCAAGCAUUUUAAUAAUGCUUACCUUUUCCAUGCCUGUUUUUUUUUUAAAAAAAUAGAAUGAUUGCAGUUGGCUGAAAUCACAUAAUCAUAGCGUCUUUCUCUGUGAUAUUCUUCACUUUUAUGAGGAGGGUUUUGUUUUGUUUUUGUAUUCUCCAGAGGCUCAUUCAAUCACUUGAUUCCCCGUCUCCCAGUCUGAAGUGGUAUAACCUAGAUUCUGCCUUUCCAGCUCAGGCCAAAGUUUUGUCUGUGGAAACCACUUCGUAACUUGUGUUUGUGUGAGAAUGCCACAAGCAGAUUGUCCCCAAAAAGAAUAAUUAGCUUCAGUGGCAAUGUCUUCCAUAGCAUUUCUCCUGCACAAAUACCACCAAUAGAAGCAGGAUAUGCUCAAGAACAGUUCUUAGUUUCAUAGAAAACCGUUUUUCCUGCAAAUACCUUUGCCAUCUGUAAAUAUUUCCUUUAAAUAUAUAUUUUUUUUCCAUAUUUGUCAGAAAUAGAGCUUCUUUCCCUGAAUUUCUUUGCUAAUAUUUGCCCAAAUUAAGAAUGGAAAGUGUUUUGUUUGUGUGAACACAUUCCGUGUCUUGAAAUCUGCCACAGGCAGAAGAACUUUUCAGUCUUGGGGAACAAAUAGAUUGGCUGCCAUUUUAAAUGAAGCUAAACCAGAUUUUAACAUUUACGGCAUAUUAUAUGCAUAUACACUUCCAUAAUUACACACUACUUGCCGAGCUGCUGCUUUAUAUAUUCAAGGCUUAGAACAUUUUCAAGUUUCUUCAUUGUUAACUGAGUAUUGAAUGCUUUUGUGCAUAGCAGACUCCAAGGAAGUCCAAUCAAGGCACCAGUGCACUGAGGGGUUUUUUUUGCUCUGAGCCAAAUUUCAAUCCCAGUGCAUCCCACAUCUGACCUCAGCUGCAUAUCAGAGACCUUCAACUAACCUAUGGCAUGGCUGUUGCAUUUCUAGCUGCAGUCUGAAAUGCACCACAUGUCCUAGUUAUAAUCAGGUCUACCUCAUUUGGAAGAGUUAUUUGAUAACAAGAUUUGGCAGAUCUGAGAAGAAUUCUGAUUUUGGUGGCAAAAAGAAGUACUUUAAAAAGCAGUCAUAAAUGUGAAGGGGGAAUCUUUUAUUGCUUUUGGUAAUUGGGAAUUUUUUUCCCAACAUCUGUCACUAUCCCUUUUUUUGUCUAAGUCAGGGGUCUGCAACCUGUGGCUCUCCAGAUGUUCAUGGACUACAAUUCCCAUCAGCCCCUGCCAGCAUGGCCAAUUGGUUGCAGGUUGCAGACCACUGGUCUAAGUGGUGACAAUUCUUGUCCCACCUUUUACUCAGUGUAGGAAACUCAAAGCCAUCCCCAACAGAUGGCUGGCCAGUGUCUGUGUGAACACCUCCGGCAAAGGAGUGUUCCCCCUCAAUUUCUGUUGAUUCUAUGCAUCCAUUUCUAUCCUGCCCCCCCCCCCCCCCCCGAGCUCAGUGAAGCUCUCUAUGCCAUAUAAACCCCCCAUAUCCCUCAGCACACUUUUGUGCUCCAAAUCCCUCCCUCAAAAAGGACUAGAAAAGGGGAGCUACUUUGUGAGACACUUCGACUAAGUACAGAAUUUAAUUCCCCAAAGCUGGUUCACCUCUAAUUUCAGUGACUCAGUUCUAUUGACACAAUUACAGCCCCUGGGUCUUUGGAACUAACUUGGAGCCACAGUUUGAUAUUUUUGUUUUCUUUUAAAGUAGUUUGUGGAUCAAGCUAAAAGCUGGAGAAUGAGGUGACAGGACAGACUGCUCCACUUCAGACUGUAGGGGGAGAUGAUUAUGAAAAAGUCACAUUUUGAAGUGCUUCCAGAUGUUUCAGACUUCCUGUAAAGAAAGUGCAAACACAGCAAGCAAAGAUAAGUGGGAAUGGGGGCUGUCUCCCUAUGCUAUGCUAGUUUUUGAUUUGGUAGUGGGUUUUUUCUUUUUUAAAAGUGAAGGGAUAGUCAAAACUGGAGUUCAUCAACUGCAGGUUCAAGUGGGUACAACUCAUUCUGCCACGUCAUCUACCUGUAGGUCAGAUCCAAGCUUAAGAAACAUCAUAGGGAAGAUGUCUAGGAGUUGGGAAAAGCAAACGGAUCUUCCAUUUCAAGUUUUGUAAAACUUCUUUCUGUUGUGCUGUAUAUCCUUGAUAAGCAUCUGAUGUAAAUUCUGAAAUCAGGCCCUGUGCUUUACAUAAAAGGUAGGGCCAGCGCAUGCCUUUUAUUUCCCAUGGUGAAUGUAGAGGUUAGACUGCGUGGUUCUCUAGUUUCAAAAGAGCCUUUUUGGUGGCAGAGAAUUUACAUGACCUCCCAAAAGGUUGAAUUGAAAUUGUUUGUUUUUCGUCAAGCAGUUUUGUGAAACACCUUCCUAAAAAGGGAGUUUUAGAAGGGACUGUGUAGCUUUUGUUCCUCUUUUGGGGUAGGGAAAGAAUGAGAGACCAGGGGAUAAAAUUCUGGCACUUCAGUUGGUAGCAUUUGACUUUUUUAAGCCAUCUUUUCUGUCAUGUUAAAUACUUCGGAGAAAAUUAUGAAGUACAUCGCUUUUGUUUUGAGCCAUGUGUAGUUUUACUUGUGUUUUUGAUAUCAUUUUGUUAAAAGGAAGAGAGAGAAAAUGAAUUUAUUUUUGAAAAACGCAGCAUGGCCUUUAAUUCACUACCUGUGUGCUGCUUUUUUUGUUAGCUGAUGUGGAGAAUAGGGACUGUGAAUCCUGUUUUUGAAACGGCAUUUUAAACUGCUUAAGGGUGUACAUUUUGAAUAACCUGUAUUUGAUAUAUACCUCACAAAAAACAUCACCACCGUGUCAUAAGCUAAGUUUAAAAGCAAAGUAAGGCACUGUGGCCACUUUGAAUCAUAUAGAAAAUUUCUCAUUGCUCUGUAGCAUAUUUAUCACUUGACGGUUCUGUGUACCAACUGUUCAGUGAACACUAUGCAAGAGCAGCAAGUUGGGGGUGGGGCAUUAUACACCCAAAUGCCUACACUCAUGAUCAGCUAUCCUUAAUCUUGUACAUAGCAGGGGUUACCAUUGUGCAUUAUGCUUCAGUCAGAGUGCCUGUUAUAGCCUUUUAGGGCCCGCCUGCAAAAACAACUCAGCAAAAUCCUGACGUGCUCAAUGUAUUACUGAGGUUGGCCAUUAAAAUGUAUGGUUGCCUUUUAAGCCUCCCUCCACCCCUUCCCCUGACCAUACAGGAGGAGACACUGUGGAGGGAGACCAGCACAGGCUUAUCCGCUUCCACUACAAACUUCAGGUUGGGAAAGAGUGCCUGCAAAAAUCCAUCUUGCUUCCAGAAUCUUUCCCAAAGUGCUUAAACCAAGUCUGUGGAAGCUUCCAAAAAGACACAGGAAAAGAUUAAUUGCAGCUCAUUUCAGAGAGGAUUUUCUUGGAUGGUGGUGCGACCAAAAGAAAGGGUAAUGGGGGAGGAUUGGCCAUUUUCCAAGCAAUUCUACUGGACAGAAGUUUUCAUCCAACCAAGUCGGGACAUAAUUCAUUCACUUCAGCAGGGCUUGCGCCAUUGCGACAUGAAGAUACAGAUCUCUUCCACAGCAUCAUAUCCUUGAAGACCAUGACUUGGUUUUAUAUGGACCAAGGCCAGUGGCUUGCUCACAUAGAGAUAUCAGAAAAAGAACAGUUAGGAUAAUUCAUAGAUACUGAAUUGCUGAAUAGAUACCAGUGUUGCUGUUUUUCAAACUGGGCUUCUCCACAAGCUAAUAACUCAUUCCUUAAUGAAACGAUGAGAAUGGCAGACUUGCUUCCUUAUACCAUCCAGUUCUGGUCUUCCACUUCAAGGUACAAUGGUGGUGUGUGUGUUAGAGCAUACCCUCAAACUGGAAGUGUGCCCAACCUGCUAAAACAGGCCCCAGAACGCUUUGCCUGGUUCAGUUAAACAUUCUCUGAAGUAAAUUACUCCUAUCAGUUUCUAGUGGACCUUCCCCACUGACUGAUUUGUAAAUUAUACACACUGAGCUGGAGAUAAUGGGCAAACUUUUAGUGGGUUAGGGUUUUUUUUGCCUUCUGUGGGAUCAGUUGGUCAAGGCCUUCAUCAUGAAUAUGAAGUCCUCUGAAAUGAGAAAAUUAAGUGAUGGAGAAGUUGAAGUGGGGUAGUAAGCAAAAAAUGGGGAAGGCUGACAGGGUCAGGGAGACACUACUAUUAAAUGUUACUUGUAUGAUAAAUGCUGUAUUUUAUAGCUCAACAAAUACUAAUGGGUUUCAUUAAAAAUGUGGAUAGCUGAUUAAAUGUUCUGUAUUCAUGGAUGUGAAAUUAAUUCCAAAGCUUUUUGAAAUAUUAAAUAAUCAUUAUCAUAUUAAGCUGACUGGAAUACUUACAGUUGUUUAGGUGUGUGUGGGGGGAAGGGUCUGUGCAAACAAUUAAACUGUCACCUAUCUUCCCUUUCAAUCUGGGUACACAGAAUUGUUGCCUUUAGCAAUGGGGCACCAAAUGACUCAGGUGGCUGGGGUGCUGUGUGGUUUCCGGGCUGUAUGGCCGUGUUCUAGCAGCAUUCUCUCCUGACGUUUCGCCUGCAUCUGCGGCUGACAUCUUCAGAGGAUCAGGUGGCGUUUGUCUCUUAAGUAGGCCUACAGGAUGUAUGCAAAUGAAUGUAUUUUUUAUUUUUUUAUUCUGCUGUAUCUACUGAAAUCUCUGGGAUGGCUUUCGAGACUGUUUUUCAAUCUCACUCUGUGUCCUUGGCAUUGAAAACAUUGCUGUACUGUAUUCCAGCAAAGGAAAACCCAUCUGAAUGCUUGAUAGGGUCCCUGUUAGUUAUUUUAUUACAAAAGUAGAAAUGUAGCUAUUAGUAACUUCCAGUGUUCAUAUGAAGUAAUACAUUCUGAAUCUUUGAUCGCCAGGCCAGUAACAUAUUUAGCACUAGAGGAAGAAUUAAGCGGUGAAAUGCUGGCAUUACCAUUUUAACUGAGCUAAGAAAUCAGUGGAGAAUAGCCAAUAUUUAAUAAAUAGCUAUGCUGCAAAAUUAUCCAGUAAGUAGCCAUAUGCUCCUGUGUAAAAUCAUGCAAGUAGACAUUUGGAAUGCAAUACAACAUUGGAAAACACCAUUGGGGAAGAAGAGGUGGUCAGUACUAAUAUACUAAAUUUAGCAUGAAAAUACAACAAGCUUGCCUAGUCAACAUAUUGGCAAAUACUGCUUAUCCGUUUUACAAAUAUGCAUGUAUUUAAGAGUUUGCCAGAAUAUUGCUAUGAAAUUUAAUAAAUGUAUUUUCUUAUAGA